AUGAUCUACACUGAUUGUAUAAAGGACGCCGCCGACAUGACCGCUGAUGCAGCCUCCACCAGCCGAGGCCACGACACGACUAGUAAUUGCACCUUGCAGAUCAGAAACAUUAAUAAAACACAUUCUGGAGAGUAUAGGUUCAGGUUUGAAACUGAUUCUAUACCCUGGACUGGAGUCCCUGGCAUGUCCAUUGAGGUCACAACACUCAAGCUGUCUGCGAUGGGACUCAAUGUAACUGGAAGGAUCAAGGAGGGUGAUCCUGUCAAUCUGACUUGCACUGCAAACUGCACAGCAUUCAACUCCUCGGAGAUCAUCUGGUUUAAGGAUGGCAAGAAACUCCCGGAGACUGGCCCUGAGCUGCUUCUGACAGCCACCAGUGUGACCUCUGGGAACUACACCUGUGGCUGGAGAAAUGGAGGACUGAGGUCCAACGCUUUCAAGAUGGAUGUUGAUUCUGAACACAAAAAUAAGUGGAAUUCAUCUCUGGUGAUUGGAGGUGUGUGUUUUGCUGUAUUUGUGGCCACUGGAGUAGUUGUUAUCAUCGUCAUUAAAAGGAGGAGAGGAGCAGCAGCUGUCCUGGAUAAUGUCAGUGCACGAAGCAGCAAGGCUGGGGACCCCCAUGCCUCUGAUUAUCAAAACUGGGGAGUUGAUGAAGAUGACGCGGAUCUGGACUACGCAUCCGUCUCUCUCCAGCCCAAAUCAGCCCAUAACAGGUGCAGAGGAGGACAGCAGCAGCAGCUGAAGAAUGACGGUUCAGUGAUCUACAGCACAGUUGCACGUUAAUUUCUCGCCAAGCGACAGCAUUUCACCCUCACAUAAUCCUUUUGCUUUACUUUAAAAAACAUAUGCAACAUUUAUACC